UUUCAUUCCUCAGUCUUUUUAAUUUUCGAUCGUACUCAUUCAUAGUCCUUCUCUCUCUGAGUGUCGUGGGAGACUCUUAUUUCUUUCUCUCGUUCUCAUCAAAGUGGGUUCCUAGAAGAUAACAUACUGAAUCCCAGUAACCUGCAUUUUGCUUCGCCUUUCUCAGGCUUCGAGCAUUUCGCUUUGCGAAGCUCCGAAAACUCGCUCUUGUCGUUUUGAUCUGCUGCAAUGGAUUCACGGGAACCGCCUCAGCCCCCGCAACCGCCGCAGCUACAGUCGAUGGGACACCCUCAACCACUGCAAAACAUGAUGAUGGGGCCCACUUCGUAUGGUUCUGCCAUGCCGAACCCGAACACAUCUUCCAUGAUCAACCCCAAUUCGACGGCCGCCAUGAUGGCCCCUGCCACCGCACGAUUACCCUUCAACGCCGUGGUUCCGCAACCCCCUGCUCCGUCUAAACCUAUGGAACAUCCGAACAACAAUGUUAGUCCUUACGAUGGGUCAUCGUCCGCGAUGAGGCCGUGUGGGCUUAGUAUGGAUUCUACGAAGAAGAAGAGAGGCCGGCCGAGGAAGUAUUCACCGGAUGGUAACAUUGCUUUGGGUUUGACUCCCACGCCCAUGUCCUCUUCUGCUGGCCCGGGAGAUUCAAGUGGUACACCUUCUACGGAGCCUGGAACGAAGAAGCACAGGGGAAGGCCACCGGGUUCUGGAAAGAGGCAGCUGGAUGCUCUUGGAGCUGGCGGUAUCGGCUUUACUCCGCACGUAAUAUUGGUAAAAGCUGGUGAGGACAUUGCUGGAAAGAUCGUGGCCUUUUCACAGCAAGGACCUAGGACAGUUUGUAUUCUUUCUGCAAUUGGUGCAAUCAGCAAUGUUACCCUUAGACAGGCAGCAAUAUCUGGUGGUACUGUGCAAUAUGAGGGCAGAUUCGAGAUUAUAUCUCUAUCAGGUUCUUUCCUGCCAUGUGAAGAUAAUGGUCGCAGCAGAGCAGGUGGUUUUAGCAUCUCUCUUGCAGGUUCAGAUGGUAAAGUUUUAGGUGGUGGAGUUGCUGGGAUGCUAAUUGCCGCAUCACCGGUGCAGGUCAUCGUGGGUAGCUUUAUUGCUGAUGGCAAAAAGUCAAACUCAAAUAUUCAGAAAUCAGGGGCUUCUUCAGCACAAGCCCCUCAAAUGUUAAAUUUUGGUGCACCUGCGACUCCUACCAGCCCUACCUCUCAUGGCCCUUCAUCUGAGUCCUCUGAUGAGAAUGACAAUAAUAGUGAUUUUAAUAGGGGACCUGGACUCUACAAUAAUACUAACCAGCCCAUUCACAAUAUGCAGAUGUAUCAACUAUGGGCUGGUCAGACCCAGCAGUGAAGAAGCUCUGACUUUUUUUUGGCCUGAAAGAUGCUCUUAUGACUUAACGAUGCAGAAGAGGGGUAUUUUCAAGGAAAAUGUAUGGAUUAGUGGAUAGAGGGUCAAUAUUCUUGAUGCUGACUGCCAUUAUUGGGGACCAAUCUUAGAAGAGCCUAUCCUGAAGGCUACAUAACUAUAUGAAUUCUGUUAUCGAUCCUUUUUUCUCUUCGUGUCAGUUGAUUUAGGAAUAUUUUCUUAAUUGAAAGCUUGUCAGCGUUUAUAGCAGAGAAUAUGCUUUCUAGUAUCCAGAUUCUGUCAUGCUGAAUUGCUUCUACAAGUAUUUUGGCUUCUAUGUUCUA